AUGACGAGAUCGGUUGUGGGCGACUGCCGCCGAGACCUGAGACGUCGGCGCCGUCCGAGCAAGCGCUGGCUCGCCCACCUCAUAUUGGUUGCUGCAAGCGGCCUCGUGCUCUGGCGCGGGCUCGUAGCUGUGACGCGCUGCGCAUCGCCGAUCGUUGUCGUGCUCAGCGGCAGCCCGCCCACAUUGAUACUGGCGACACUGUCGACUUCACGGUGCAAGGCCGCGACAUUCGCGAUUGCCCACCGCGUGCUUCAAGUCCAUACGCGCAAGUCGGAUGGCGUCGAGUUUUACUUGACCAAGGGUGAUGACAACAACGUGAACGAUCGCGGGCUGUACGCGCCGGGCCAGCUCUGGCUGCAGCGACGCGAUAUCCUUGGCGUUGCCCGCGCCUCGAUCCCGUACGUGGGUCAGGUGGUUAUCGCCAUGAACGACUACCCACUCUUCAAGAUCGUCGCAUUGGGUCUCAUUACCCGAACGAUCUAUGGAGCAGUAUCCUCGCGCGCCACCCGUUUCUAA